AUGGUGACGCUAAAUCAGCAAAAAUUUUGGCAACCGACCACAGGAAUCUCGAGAGAAUGUUCGGAUAAUGGUCCUCAACAUGACUCUUCUCGAGCGUCAGGACAAUCCAUUACUCACGUAGAAAGAUGUGAGGCAAAUGGCUAUGUGCCGUGGAAAAGCAGACCACAUGACGGGAAUGAAUUGGGAGACUUUGUGUCACAAAAUCGCCAGUCUGCCGAGGAGACUAUACACGAAACGUCUGCUCGCGAUACACCAGCCGCUGAUACCAACUCUGAUUAUCCUGAUUACCCCGAGGAGGUCGCACUCUAUCCUUCCUCUCGAGUUAGCAGUAGCCCUUCCGUCACUGGUCUGGAUGGCCCUGGGACGUCAAGGGUCUUCGAUGUAUUUCAGGACGACCCAGCCGAACAAGAAUGCGAAAAUGUGCAUGAGCGGUCUAGUUCAAAAGGCAAGAAGCGAGCCCUAGAGAGACCAGAUUCUCCACGGAAACGACCCCAGACCCGCUAUUUGAACACCGCAGAUCCGGAACUUGAACCGACAAGAAGAAGAUGCAGUCGAAGAGAUGAACGCCCAUUCCAAGACGAAGAAAGUCAUUCGCAAAAGCAUUCCAGCAUUAGGGACUCAAUACGAUACUUGAAACACUUCUAUGGUUUGGCCAGCGCUGAAGCUCAAUUCUCAGAUGAUUUGGUCGAUGGCGGUGUCUACAGGGAAAGUCUCGUCGUGGUUCAGAACGCAAUCAAAUUUCUCCAACACUCAUACGGCAUUAUUGCAACAAGCAAUCUGUUAACGACUGAGACCGAGAACGAUAUAUCCAAAACAAGGCGACGUUACUCAGCGACAAGUAAGAAGUGGGAGGCCGAAGAUGAUCAUCUGCUGUCAGAACUGAGGGAUGACCAAAAGCUGGGGUGGACGUCUAUCUUUCGCUACUUUCCCAAACGGAGCCCGUCGGCAGUAAGGCAGCGCCAUUCCAUCAUUCGCUCCAGAAUGAGCGAUAGCCCCUCAAGUAAAGAAAACGAUCCGAAAAGCUCUCGCCAGCCAGUCAAAUCCUCAUCAGACAUCCGAAAAAGUCACAGGUUGAGUCGGCGCUCUGAGAUUGGGGAAAAGAGCAGCAGAAUUGAACGACAGCCAAGAUACCUCACGCGCUCAAGGAAAGGUUCUCCGAGCACGCCAAACUCAGCUUUCAUCGACCCACGGCUUCGCAAUCUUGGAAAUGCCUAA